GGUUUCGUGGUGCACGUUUUUGGAGUGCAGGGGAAGGGGGAACGAUGUUGCCGAGGACGUUCAUGACAGCGACGAGUCAUGUCUUUCCAGCCAGUUCCAUUAUUUCUCUGACGUCUCCUUUCACCAAGAUAUCUCUGCAAGCUAUCAAGAAUACCCUUGUGCAACAUGCCUCGAAAACGUCAAACGAUGCAAGUCCCGAUGAAAUUCAUGCAGCGGUGCUCAUUCCCUUCUGUAAUGUGAAUAAUAUACCAGGCGUGCUUCUCGAAGUAAGAGGAAAGUUGCGCACACACUCUGGAGAGGUGAGCUUUCCCGGUGGAAAGGUUGACAAGACAGAUAUGUCGUGCUUAGAUGCGGCUCUAAGGGAAACAAAAGAGGAGCUGGGUGUUCUUUCUAGCCAAAUCGAUGUCCUUGGCGAACUCGGCCCCCCAGAGCAGAGUCUCUCAGGAAUGAGGGUUUGGCCAUACGUGGGCUUCGUCUAUCCGUCAGGUGAUCCAAGUCGUCAGUCAGGCACUGAGCAAGAGCAAGAAUCAAAUACACCACUGCCCUCUCUUUCCAUCAGUUCCUUGACUAUAUCACAGCCUGAGGUUGCCACGGUCUUCCAUCUCCCACUUUCAGCUUUGACAUCGCCUGCUCGUCUAAGGUCUGACUUCUUUCGCCGUACCAGUCCGUAUUGGGCUAUAGAUGUCUCUGAUCUCGUUCAAGGCGUUACUUGGACCAAUGAUCCAGAACAACGCGAUGAAAUUGGGGGAGGACGUAAUGGGAAGCUGGAAGUUUGGGGUCUGACUGGAUGGUAUCUGAACCUUCUGGCCCAAACCUUACAAGUUUAUAAGUAGACACGGAACAUUACUUGGAUUCUUCUGCCACACCUUUCGCUGCGGUGGUUGCUAUUUAACAGCUAUCUUGCAUAUUCCAUGUUGUCUGAAACGAUUCUACAAAGUUCUUACCAUACACACAAACAGACUCCUGUAUCACCAAAGUCAGAUAAUAAGAUGUAGACGAAUCUUUGAAUUUGAUUUUAAAUUUGA